AUGCAAUUCUUUGCCACAUUGAAUACUUUCUACGCCUUACAAGCCAAGCGCAUCAACCUGUUGCAAGACACUGCUUUCAGAAAGCUCGCGAAUGGAAAAGGAUAA